AUGGAUUGCUUGUGUUUGGAACGUCUCUUUCGUUUUGAUCACGCCAAGUUGGAACGUGUCGGAGCCGAAUGGAAUGUGUCCAUCCGACGUACUCCGGUCACAACUGAAAUGUUUUGCUGGAAGGAUGCUGCGCCAGGAAAUGGCGCACCAGUUCUGCACGUCAAGCAUUCAAUCGUGACUUGCUGCCAUGCUGCGUCCGAAGAAGGCACUGCCGGCGACAGCAUAUUCAGUAUUCCUGUCGAGCUUGAACGCACUGUCACAAUUUCUCCGAUAAUCCGAUGUCUACAUGAUCUAGACAAUGACAACAACGCCCUAAUCAACGCGGGAUCGCAACAAAAAACUAGCCGGAAAGGAGCCAAAAAACCACGGAAAAACCCUGUUCAUGAAGGGAAUGUGAUUGCGCGAAAGAUUGUGGCUGCGUUCCGCAAAAAGUUGCCAAUUGCGUUCAACGUUGACCUCCUCAGCGAUGCCUCCGAGUGGCCUUCGUAUCUCUUGAGCUCACUUUCUGGGGUACUACAUUCAUUUCAACAGGGACAUCUCACCUAUGGGGAUCUUCGCCAAAAGUUCAUGGAGACGCUCGAAACAGUACACGGGCGUGUCGUCAUCAAGUCCUUGAUACGCCAUCUCAUUAUUUGUUUGGGAAUCUGCUUGAACGAGGACUUAGGCUCAGAGGGGAAAGCAGUGGAACACAAGCACCAGCUCGGUGCAUUACUGAAGGAACAGGGGCUUAGCGACGAGACCUGUUUGGCAGCGCUCGGUGGCUUAAGUGCGACGGAUUUUAAAUUUAGGAAUUUGAAUAAAUCGAGUGAGAAAACAGCAAUAUAUGCCCUGCAGAUGGCUGCUUCGGAGAUGGCAAGUAUUUUGAGGCCAUAUGAGAGCAGGCAGGCUCUGUGGGUUUUGAAUCCUGGCCGCUUCCUAUAUUGGUUUUUCGGUGGAAGACCGCCCGCGUUUCCUAGACCCAAACUGUGGUCGAUGCAGUGGCCCAAUCCUAAGAUAGUUGGCAUCCAGUAUCAACUAUACCCCGGAACCAAGACGACAACGGGACAACCCAAUGCCGAGUCGGAAGAGAUGGAGACUGACAUUAGUGAUGGGAUGUCAAGGAAACCAAGUGUUAUUGGAAAAGAUCAUGAACAACAAUUUGUAAUGGUGGAUCAUCGGGUUGGCAUAGAUUCAACGUUCUCAUCUCAGCGCUUGGACACGGCUCAUUCUGAUUCUCUCGACCAUCCAGAGUCAAUUAUGAGUGAGGGGGGGCUUUUUAUGGGAUUUUACAUGGAUGAUGUAUUCCCGGACGCUUGGAGAUUCAUCCAACCAUUGUAG